AUGCUCUGUCAGAGUGAGCAGGUCAAGAUCUCCUGGCACCAAGCAAGUGAUGUUGUGAAUUACUUAGUAACGACCACUGGAAGCCUUGGAUAUGUGAAGAUCCACAACGCAACCCAGAGCCUUCCGUCAGCUUUACCAUGCGGACAGGACUACAAUGUGACUGUACAAGCACAAGGCAGUGACUGUGACAGCAUCCCCAGCAGCCCUGCCUUCUUCAAAACUGCUCCAUGCGCCCCCCCCGAUGUAACUACCUAUGCACAGUGUGAGUUUAACAUGGGCUCAGUCAGGUGGGGGUCCAGUGAUGGCGCUGAAAGCUAUGUUGCCGUAGCAACUGGGCUUGAUGGCCGCGCCCAACAGUGUGUCACGAACAGCACCUACUGCACCUGGAGUGACCUGCACUGUGGAGAGGAGUACACUGUUGUAGUGAGGGCAAAUAAUGGCAAUUGCACCAGCCUGCCCAGCAACAGCUCUGUCAUCUAUAUGGAUCCCUGUGUGCCCCAGAAUUUGGCUGCUACUGUGAAUUGUGAUAUAAAAGUUGUUUCACUGAGCUGGGAUGCCAGUAACGGGACACAUUUGUAUAUGGUAUCAGGCGAGGCAGGAAACAAAACAACUGCGGUCACCACUAAUGUCACCACAGUUCACUUCUCUGACUUUAGCUGUGGACAAAACUACAGCCUCACAGUCACACCACAAAACCAGCACUGUCCUGGGAACUCCACUGCAUCGACUUUCAUACAGACAUGGCCAUGUCCACCUGCAGGAGUCUCCACCAAGCAGGACUGUCUCUCUGGUAUCGUCAUGGUAAUCUGGCAGGCCACCAAUGGGUCAGACUAUUACACAGCCACAAUGCAGACUGACACUGGCAUCUCCACCAUCUGCAUGUCUGACUCUAAUGAAUGCAGCGUCCCGGGGCUUAACUGCGGGCACAACUUCUCCGUGUCAGUGACAGCCUCCAACCAGCAGUGUAACAUCACCUCCAGUCACACCACAAGUCUGCAGUCAGUGCCAUGUGCUCCCACUAAUGUCUCUGUGGUGAUGGACUGUGACAACAACACUGCUGUUGUGUCCUGGUCCGCCAGUCAGGGUGCAGUGAAGUACUCGCUGAUGGCCCACAGUGGUCAUAACAACAUCAGCUGCCAAACCUCUAGCCUCAACUGUAGCCUUGACAACAUCACAUGUGGCAACCGCUACUCUGUUCAGGUGAUUGCUAUGGAUGACAACUGUUCCAGUAUCCCAAACCAGGCUCUGGUAUUCAACUCAGGUUAG